CUCGAUAACAUCAUUUGAGCAUUCACGAAGAAAUGAAAGGUCGAGCCCGCAACCACGCUUAGACGUGCUUUUACUGACACAAAUGUCAAACAACAAUACUUCUUGGGGCUCGGGGCAGCCAGUCGGGCUGCCCCCUGUCGCGGGAGCGAGCAAGGAGGGCGACGAGCAGCGCGGGGUUGCCAAAAUCAAGCCUAUUCCACUACUUCUGUCAACUCGUGCGCCUAUACUACAAACCGCUGGCAUGAUCCAGGCCAACGCGGCACCCUCAGCCGUGGCUCGCGGCGCCGGCCGCCCCUCCACCAGCCAGCAGCCCUACCACCCCGGCGCAACCGCCACCGGCAGCGGCGGCGGAGCCGCGCCCGCUCUCGGUUUCGGCGACGCCGGCGCUGGGCCCGGCAGCCCGGGUGGCGGCGCGGCCUACCGCAACACCAAGUUCACUCGCAUUAAGGGCUUCCAGCCCGCGGGCGGCAGCGGCGGCGGCCUGGCGCUGGAGGGCAGCGGCGUGCAACUGCUGGGACAACAGGGGCAGCAGCAGCUGGGGCAGCAGGGGCAACAUGGGCAACAUGGGCAGCAGGGGCUGGCAGGCGACGCGCAGCAGUGGGGCUCGCGCCGCGGCUUGGGGGCCUCUGGCCCGGUGCGCAGCCUGUCUCGUGGCGGACAGGAGGCGGCGUUCUCGGACCACAACUCCGGGCCGUCGGUGCGCGCGUCCAGCGCGGCCGGCGCCGCCAGCACCGUCGGCCCCGGCGCCGCCCGUCCCGACACGGCGGGCCCGCUGGACCCACUGUCCGCGACCUACCCGGCAGCUGGGGCGGGGGGCCGCGGCGGCGCCGGCCUGGUGCCGCCCGCGCCCAUCAACCCGCCGCUGCCGGGCCCGCCCGCCAUGGCGUGGGCCGCCCCGCAGCAGCAGCAGCAGCAGCAGGGCGGCGGCGGUGGGGGCAUGUUUCCGGAGCCAACCGUGAACCCGCACGCGCACCCGCUGGCGCCGUCAUCGGACGCGGGCGGCUCAUUGGGCAUGGGUGGUGGCAUGGACACGACCUCUUCACUGGGCGCGUACCCGCCCGAUCCAGACAUGGUGAUGGGAGGCGGCGGCGGCGGCGCCUUUGGGUUCGCCUCCGGGAACGCUGCCGCCGCCGCGGCCGCGGGCGGCUCGGGCACUCCAAACAUGGGCGGCUUCCCAGGCCACAUGCUCUCGCAGCAACAGGCGCAGCCGCACCAGCAGCAGCAGCAGAUGCAGAUGCAGAUGCAGAUGAUGCAGAUGCAGCAGGGUGGCGCGGGUGCGGGUGCGGGUGCCUCGCAGGCGCAGCUGCUGCAGCGGUUGUACCGCACCAACCUCACGCCGCAGCCCCAGUCCGCAGCCCCGGGGCAGCUGCCGCCGCACCCCGACUUCCCGCCCGCGCCCCCCGGCGCAGCCGCCGCGGCCUCGCCCUACAAUGCCGAGUCCCCCAGCCCGCCGCCCACAGCCGGCCGACACAUGCCCGGCGCGCCCUCCAUCAGUGGCAUGGCCUCCCUGGUCCUCGGCGCCUCCCGCCCCACCACCACAACCAACGUCAACGGUGCCAACGGUGCUAACGGUGCCAACGGCUACGGCAUGAGCCCGCCAAUGACAGCUGGCAGCGGCGGCAGUCGGCCGCGCACGCGUGGCGCCUCUGCGGGCACGCUGGCCGACCUGAGUGCGGCGCUGCAGAAGAGCAUCGCCGCGGGCAUGGGCGAGUGGGACCUGACGGCGGACGGGCUGUGGGGCCACCCGGAGGUGCAGGAGCGGCUGCUGCGGGGGCCGCUGGGGCCAGAGGUGCUCAAGCACCGGUACCGCAUGGAGGAGCGGGACAUCAUCGCGCUGUACCGCCUGCUGUACUCGUACUCGGUCGGCUUCUUCACGGACGUACAGUCGCUGGUGGAGGGAUCCGUCAUGACCGCGCCGCGCGGCGUGGCCGGCGGCGGCGGCGCCGCCGCCGCGCUCAGCGGCCUCCGGCAGGAGCUGCUGGAGAACGUGUUUCGCGCGUACGCGUCGUUGUGGGAUGAGGCGUUGAUGAUUGUGUUUGACAGCGAGAUGGCGGCUGUGCUGGCGGAGAAGACGGCGGCGCUGCAGGCGCUGGAUGCGGGCGUGGUGGAGCUGGAGGCGUUGAGGCAGGAGAAUGAGCAGCUGCAGGCCCGGCUGGCCGACUUCGUGACACAGAACAUCGACAACAUGCUGGCGACGCGGCACAUGAAGCACGCCACCAACGCCAUGGAGGGGCAGCUGCACAGCCUGUCCGCCGCCAACGACCAGCUGGUCACGCACAUGGCGGGGCACGCAGUGCAGGUGACCACUCUGGAGCGGCAGUUGGAUGCGGCGCGCGCCGCCACCCGCGCGGCCGAGGCCCGGGCGGCCGCCGCCGAGAGCCACGUGGUGACGCUCAAGGGCGUCGUGGGCGACCAGAACGCCACACUCAGCGGCCAGUUCUUCCAGAUUAAGGAGCUGGAGAAGGCGAACGCUGAGCUGCAGGAGUCGCUGCGCCAGAUGCACCGCCGCCGCGCCGCCGCGCUCGCCAGCCUAGGCGGCGGGGCGGGUGGCGGCGCCACGCCAGAGCCCUCCGACGGCGGCGCCGCCGCCGGCCUCCUCACCGACGGCGACGAUGCUGACGGCGGCAGUGCUGGCGGCGGCCGCGGCCGCGGCGGCGCGGUGCCAGAUGUGGCCAUGUUGAAUGCGGAUGAGUUGGAGCGGCUGCUGGCGGAUAAGAGCCGCGCAUUUGCGCUGCUGCAUGCGGACUUUGUGGUCAAGAUGCACGAGCUGGACGACCAGCGCUCCAUCACCGCCGGCCUGCGUGAGGACAUCCGGCGGCUGCAGUCUGACGUGGCGGCGGCGGAGGGCCGAGCCACCGACAGCGCCCGUGUGGCGGACCGCUACAAGAGCCGCUGGGAGGGCGGCCGCAUGGCCAUGGAGGACCUGGAGGGGCAGAACAGGAGGCUGACCUCCAAGAACGCCGACCUGGUCCGCUCCUACUGGCCGCUCAUGACCCGACUUAAGGAGGCGGAGGCGGACGCCGCGGCGGCGAGGCAGCAGGCGGCGGAGGACCGGGCGGCGGUGGAGGCGGCGGCGGCGGAGGCGGCGGCGCUGCGGCAGGCCAAUGAGGCCAUGGAGGCGCUGGCGGCGGAGAACCGCGCGAUGCGGGAGGAGCAGGAGAGCCACGAGCUGGAGGUCCCCGCCGACCUCCUGGCCAUGCUGUCCGCCGGCCAGGCCGCCUCCCUGCGCCGCUUCGCGCGCUGCUGCCACCGCCGCGUGGCGCACCUCAACCAACAGGUGGUUGGUCUGGUGGACCAGCUAACCGCCGCCCGAUUCCAGAUCAUGAACCUAACCAACGGUAACGGCUCGCCCUCGGGCGCGGCAGCGCCGCCUCUGCGCCCCAACCCCUUCACCUCCGCCACGACAACCGCCACCGCCACCGCAACAGCAACACCACCUGCGUCGCUCGCCGGCCCGCCCACGCCGAGUGGCGGCAGCUUUGUCGGCGGCUUUGGCGGUCUGGGCUCCGCCCCCGGCUCGCCGACACGCUUGGGCCUGGGCGGCGGCGGCUCCGCCGCCUCCACGGCUGCUGGCGGCUUCCUGGGCUUCGCCUCGUUGCCGCCAGAGGAGGAGCUGCAGAGGCUGCGGGCGGCGCUGGCGGGCCGGGACCGCUGGAUCAACGUGCUGUGCCGCGGCAUGACGCAGGUGGUGGGCAUCAUGGAGUCGCUCAUGUCAAAGGACGGCGACUCCUGUGCCGCACUGAGACUUGAGCAGCAGCGCCGCAGGCGGGCAGCCAUACGCGCCGCGCGGCGUGCCGCCGCCGCGGCGGCGGGCCAGCCGUACGAGAGCGCGCCACCCUCGCCCGUGCGCCGCGGCGGCGGCGGAGCCGCCGGUGCCGGUGCCGAUGCCAUCCCUGAUGCGUCUGCCGAUGCAGAUAGCGAGGAGACGGCCGUGGUGGCGGGAGAGGCGUCGUCUGCGUCGGCAGCUGCCGGCGGCGGUGCCGCUGCCGGCGGCCCUGGGGAGCUGUCGCUCGCGCCGUCCGGCGGCCUGGCCGGCGGCGCCAGUGGUUUCGGGGACGCGGGCGUCGAGGAGGAGCACGAGGAGGAGCAAGAGGAGGAGGAGGAGGGCCUGGAUGAGGACCCGGCGUUUGUGGUGGCCAGCGGGCGGCUGGCUCAGCUGAUGGGGCUGACCACGGCCCACGGCGGCCUGGGUGGCCACAGCUUGGGGGCGGGCGGCGACGUAGUGGCGGGCAUUGAGCUGGCGCCGCAGAUCGUGAGCCUGGACCGCAACUUCGAGCGAUUGGCGGACUCGGCGGAACGGUUGGUGGAGUGGGCGGACAGCCUCAUGCGGCGCAAGGAGCAGACCGCAACCUUCCCUCAGCUCAAGCAGCGGCUAGACGUGGCUCUGCGCCAACUGGACGCCGCCAAUGCCGAGCUGGUGGCGUUGAGGCCGGCGGCGGAGUCACUGCGGUUCAGUGUGCGCGCCUACGAGACAAAGUACAAAGACAUGGCCGCGCGGGUGGCGUCUGCCACGCAGCGGGCCGGCAGCGCCGAGUCGCGCCUGACCAGUGCGGAGCAGCAGCUGGGCCUGGUGCGGCAGCAGCUGGCGGACACACAGGAGGCGCACAAGCGGCUGGAGGAGCAGUACUGGAAGGCCAAGGAGGUGGCCCUGGAGGCGGAGGUGACCACCGGCGAGCUCAAGGCCGGCCGGGUGCGGGCGCUGGAGGCGGCGGCAAAGGCGCUCAGCUCGGUGGCGGGGCUGGAGCGGGAGGCCAAGGAGAACCGCGACCUUCGCGUGGCCCUGGAGUCGGACCUGGUGGGCUACAAGGCCUGGGUGCGGCACAUGGAGGCUGUGGAGCGGGCACACCGCGAGGUGCUGCGCGAGCUGGCGCAGGCGGCGGCGGGCUGCGAGGAGCGCGACAGGCAGCUGGCGGAGCUGAGGGACAGGACGCUGACACUGGAGCAGCAGCUGCGCUCCAAGUCCGCCGAGGCCACGUCAGCAGACACUCGCGUCAAGGCGCUCACUCGCGAGCUGGCGGAGGAGCGGAAGGCCGCGUCGGCGGCGGCCGCGGCGGCGCGCGCCACUGCUGCGGCACAGCUGGACGCUGCCAUCCGCCAGGCCGGCGGCGCGGAGGAGGCGGCCGCGGCGGCGUCGGAGCGCGCGGCAGAGCUGGAGGGCAGGCUGACGGAGGCGAACCGGCAAGCAGCCGCCGCGAUGGCCGCCGCCGCGUCCGCCGCCGCCGCACUGGAGCCGCUGCGGGCCGAGCGCGACCGCCUGAAGGCGCACGUGGCCGCAUCGGCGCCCCUCCUCUCCGCCAUGGACCGUGCAGCCGGCGCGCUUGGCCGCCGCCUCACGCUACUUGAGGACACGGUGGCCACAACGGCAGCCCAGCAGCAGGGCUCGCUGGAGGCGGCUGUGGAGGGGCUGCUCGGGUGUGUGGAGUCGGCGCUGGACGCGUUCGGCGGCACGGCGAGGGCGGCGGCGGGCGACGCCACCCCCGCGCUGCUGGGUGCGCUGGAGGGGCUGGUCACCCAGCUGCUCGCCACCCUUUCCAAGGGAGGCAAGGAACCGAUGCAAUCCUUGACGGUUCUCAAGGCGCAGCUAGCCCGCGACGACAAGGAGCUGGCAGGCCUGCGCGAGGCCCUGGCAGCCGCGUCAGCAGCCGGCGAGGACGCCGCGCGCAGCGCCGAGGAGCAGCGCCGUGCAGCUGCCAAGGCCGCCGCCGCCGCCAGUGCCGCGUCCGCGGCGGCGCAGCGCGACGGCCGGCGCGCAGUGGAGGCGGAGACGGCGCUUCGUCGUGCGCGCGCCGAGGCGGAGGCGUAUGGGCGCAGCCACGCGGCAGCCAAGGCGGCGGCGGAGGAGGCGAAGAAGGAGAGCGAGCGGCUGCAACGGCGGCUGGAGGUCACGGAAUCGGACCUCAUCGCCGCACGCCGCCAGCAGUCGCUGACCGACUCCGCAGCCGCCGCCUCCGCCGCACAGCGCGCCGAGCUGCAGCGGCGAGUGGAGGAGGUGGAGGCAGCUGCGGCGCGGGACCGGGACGCGGCGCGCGAAGCGCGUGGGCGCGCCGAGGCAGCGGAGCAGGCCGCGUCAGCGGCCGCAGCGCGGGCGGCUGAGCUGGAGGCGCAGGUUGCGGCGGCGUCUCGGGACGUGGAGCGGCUGAGUGCGGAGCGGGCGAGUGCGCUGACGUCACUGGGCGAGGCGCGGGACAAGGCGCUGGGGCUGGAGCAAAGCAUGUUGGAGAUGCAGGCCAAGCACGCCGACAUACUCCGUCACGAUGAGUCCGUGGAGGAGAAGCUGCGCCACGCGCUAUUCGAAGCGGAGGCCUGCCGCAAACGCGCCGCCGAGGCGCAGCGGGAGGCAGCCGAGGCGGCGGUGCGCGCUGAGGCGCUUCAGCAGCAGUGCUGGCAGCUGAGUGUGGCGAUGCAGGCCAAGGCGGGUGAAAAGGAGGAGGCACUGCGGGCGCUGGUGGAGGCAACGCACGCGGUCGAGGCCAAGAAGCAGCAGCAGACAUAGGAGGUCGUGGCAGGCCCCUGGGUCAACCGUGCGAUAUAUUCAUGGUUGUGACGCUGGUGCGCUGCGCGCGCAGUCGACAGGGGAAGACGGGCGACGAGGCAGGUGGAUGUGGGGACGGGAAGGCUGUAGCGCCGCGACCGCGAACACGGGCACACGCCAGCGCUGAGAGCAGGCGCUGCAGUUCAAGGAUUGGCAUGUACGUAUGGUCAGCAUUGCAUCUAACUUGGUAACAACGAUUGAAAGGAAAAGGCAGGCCGGAAUGGCAAGAAUGAGCUAACAAGCUCUGUUAUCGGUGCCAAAACGUUAACGCUAAUGCGGCUUCAGGGCGGGCUGGCUUUUGUAAUGUACGAACUAU